CAAUUACUAAUUACUAAUACCUUAAACCCUUCAAAAACCCAUAAAAGCAAACACCAUUUUCUCUGUAGCUGUUUAUCAAGAAGCCCCAAUUCUUGAUUUUAGCAAAAAGGGGUUAAAGCUGAUGAUUUUACAGCACUCAAUUUCAAUUUGUAAGCUAUGGAGGUUGUCAUCUCCACCAAACCUCAUCUUGUUCCGACCUUCUGUAGCUUACCAACCACACUGUUGUCGGAUUAGAGCAUUUGGGUCUGCUGUUUCAGCUUCCAAAGUUACUGAAACAAAUACAAAUGAGACAUUUUUUGCUGAAGAAAGUGUUUCUUGGACAUCUUUGGGUGUGUCUGAAUCAUUAUCUCGUGCUUUAUCUAGUAUUGGCCUUCAUAGACCCUCUUUAAUUCAGGCAGCUUGUAUACCAAGUAUACUUUCAGGUGUUGAUGUGGUGGUUGCUGCAGAGACUGGUAGUGGCAAGACUCAUGGUUACCUAGUGCCAUUGAUUGAUAAGCUAUGCCAAAUAUCUGAUAGUUCAGGGGCUAUUGCUGGUCAGGAUGUCAGGAAGCACAAUCGUCUUUCUCUUGUUCUUUGCCCUAAUGUUAUGUUAUGUGAGCAAGUGGUUCGAAUGGCUAAUAGUCUUUGCAAUGAUAGUGGUACACCACUUCUCAGUAUUGCAGCUGUUUGUGGCCGACAGGUCUGGCCUGUAAAAGAACCAGAUGUAAUGGUGUCUACUCCGGCAGCACUUCUAAAUUAUCUCUAUUCUAUUGACCCAGAAAGGCGAAGACGUUCAGAGUUUAUACGUAGUGUUAAAUAUGUGGUUUUUGACGAGGCAGAUAUGCUGCUUUGUGGAAGUUUCCAGAAUCAAGUGGUCCGACUUAUAAAUAUGCUUCGCUUUGAUGAGAAGCAGUUAUCUCGUUCUAAAAACUCUGGAGCUGAGAUGUCAUCAACUUCAGACUUGGAAGAGUUUAGGGACCUAAAAGCAGAUUAUGGUGAAGAUGCAGAUGAAGAUGAAGAUGAAGAUGAGGAUGAAGAUACUGAAGUUGGCGAAGAUAAAGCAAAUCUAGAAACAGAUACCAAGGGGUUAAAGAGAAGAGAUUGGCGAAGAGUGAGAAAAAUAUAUGAGCGGAGCAAGCAGUACAUUUUUGUUGCAGCUACCCUUCCUGAAAAUGGGAAGAGAACUGCUGGAGGAGUUUUGAAGCGGAUGUUUCCUGAAGCUACCUGGGUUAGUGGAAAUUAUCUUCAUCAGCACAGCCCGAGGUUGGAGCAGAGGUGGAUUGAAGUUUCAGUUGACACCCAAGUGGACAUUCUCAUAAAUGCUGUGGAAAAUGGGAAGUCUAUGGCAGAUAGUGUUCCUGGAGUGCUCCGAACCAUGGUCUUUGCAAAUACCGUUGACGCUGUGGAAGCUGUUGCUAAUAUCUUGACAGGAGCUGGACUUGAAUGUUUCCGCUACCAUAGUGAUAGCUCUUUGGAGGAGCGCACAAAGAAUUUACUUGAUUUCCAACAGAAAGGUGGUGUUUUUGUGUGCACGGAUGCUGCAGCACGUGGUAUUGAUAUUCCAAAUGUUUCACAUGUUAUUCAGGCAGAGUUUGCUACGUCUGCUGUAGAUUUCUUGCACAGGGUUGGACGUACAGCUAGAGCAGGCCAACCUGGCCUAGUUACGAGUCUAUAUUCAGAAUCAAACCGUGAUCUUGUUGCUGCCAUUCGUCAUGCAGAAAAAAUUGAAGAGCCAGUGGAGAAAGCAUUUAGCAGAAAAAGGAGCUUUCGCAAUAAAAUCAAGAAAAGAGGCAGAGAAGCUUCCUCCCACAUGAGGUGAAAAUGUGAUUUUGUCUUGGGAGUGAGUUUCUAUUUGCAUUUGUUUCUCCACACUGUUUGUAUUUUAGAGUAUUAUUGUAAUAUCCCUUUACUGUAAAAGAAAUUAAUUAGUUCAGAGUAUUUAAUAUGAAAGUUAACACAUUUCCCAGUCA